GUGAAAACACCGGAAUAAAAUGAGCAGGAGCUCAGAGACACUUUUAUUUAUUCCAAUCUGAUGAGCUUCAAGCAGAACUGAAGGAGGAGAGACGGGAUAAAUACAUCUGACUACCAAGGACUUUCCUCUUCUUCUUCUUCUUCAUUUUUUUAAUCUUUCCCAGCAAGUUAGUUUUAUUCUAAAGUUUAGUUGAGAUUUCAAGAUGAUGCUGUGUGGCAUCUUUUUGCUGUUGAUGCUUUGGAGGUGCGAAGGUGCAAGACUGGCAGAGAAUCGUGAUGAUAACAGUGUAUAUGACUUAUUCGACCUGGCACAAGUCGGCAAGAGAAACCACGGGGUGAGCGUGGUGAAAGGUGCGGACCCCUACAGCCCCGCAUACAAGGUCCUGAACGCAGACCUGAUCCCCCCCGUCCCAGACAGCAUCUUCAGGGACCUCCUUGACUCCAUUCAGGCCGAGAGGGGCUUCCUUCUCCUCGCCAACCUCAAGCAGUUCAAGAGGAGCCGCGGCAGCCUCCUCACCAUCGAGAAGAGCGAUGGAUCCGGACCCAUCUUUGAGAUCAUCUCCAACGGCAAGGCGAGCACCCUGGACUUGGUCUACUCGACCGUGAGCCAGCAGCAGGUGGUGUCCAUUGAGGACGCAGACUUGGCCACCGGACACUGGAAGAACAUCACAUUGUUCGUGCAAGAUGACCGCGCUCAGCUCUUUGUUGGCUGCGAGGAGAUCAACGUGUCGGAGCUGGAUGUGCCCAUCCAGAAGGUGCUGACCCAGGAGGUGGCAGACAUCGCCAGGCUCAGGGUUGGAAAGGGGGCUGUAAAGGAAAGAUUCAUGGGAGUCCUUCAGAAUGUGCGCUUUGUCUUUGGGACAACUAUCGAAGCCAUACUGAGAAAUAAGGGUUGCCAGAGUGGAGCAUCCUUAACUGAUGUCAUGACCUUGGACAACCCAGUCAACGGCUCCAGUCCUGCCAUUAGGACUGAUUACACCGGCCACAAAUCCAAAGAUGUGCAGUCUGUCUGUGGCCUCUCCUGUGAGGACAUCGCCAGCAUGUUUAAGGAGCUCAAGAGUCUCGGUGUGGUUGUCAAACAGCUGUCGCAGAAGCUCGGCAAAGUGUCUGAGGACAGCAAUCUGCUGAUGAAUCAAAUGAACAUCCACAAUGGAGUUUGCUUCCACAAUGGCAUCGUGCACAAGGACAAAGAUGAAUGGACCGUGGACGGCUGCACUGAGUGCACCUGCCAGAACUCUGCUACUGUGUGUCGCAAAAUCUCCUGCCCUCUGAUCCCAUGUGCUAAUGCCACCGUGCCCGACGGAGAGUGCUGCCCUCGCUGUGGAACACCGAGUGACUAUGCUGAGGAUGGAUGGUCUCCCUGGUCUGAAUGGACCCAUUGUUCAGUGACUUGUGGUCGUGGCAUCCAGCAACGUGGACGCUCCUGUGACCGCAUCAACAGCAAUUGUGAGGGCACAUCUGUCCAGACCCGUGACUGCUAUCCUCAGGAAUGUGACAAACGCUUCAAACAGGAUGGUGGUUGGAGUCACUGGUCCCCCUGGUCUUCAUGCACUGUGACCUGUGGCGAGGGGGUCAUCACCCGAAUCCGCCUCUGCAACUCUCCCACGCCCCAGUUGGAUGGCAGGGACUGCCAGGGAGACGGACGUCAGACUGAAAUAUGCCAGAAGUCGCCUUGCCCUAUCAAUGGAGGUUGGGGACCUUGGUCACCAUGGGACACCUGCACUGUUACUUGUGGCGGAGGAGUUCAGACCCGCAAACGUCUCUGCUCUGACCCCGUCCCCAAAUAUGGUGGAAAAGACUGUGUUGGUGAUGCCACCACGUCUCAAUUGUGCAACAAACAGGACUGUCCUAUUGAUGGUUGUCUGUCCAGCCCAUGCUUCUCUGGCACAAAGUGCACCAGCUUCCCUGAUGGUACUUUCAGGUGUGGCAAGUGUCCACUUGGCUAUCGUGGUAAUGGCGUCAUCUGCAAGGACAUUGAUGAGUGUAAAGAAGUACCUGAUGCUUGCCACACUCAUAACGGAAUCCAUCGCUGUGAGAAUACUGAACCUGGUUACAACUGUAUGCCUUGCCCCACACGUUUCUCUGGUCCUCAGCCCUUUGGAAGAGGAGUGGAACAGGCAACUGCUAAAAAACAGGUUUGUACGCCUCGUAACCCUUGCCAGGAUGGUACCCAUGACUGCAAUAAAAAUGCAAAAUGCAUCUACUUGGGCGUCUUCUCCGACUCCAUGUUCCGCUGCGAGUGCAGGCCAGGAUACGCCGGGAAUGGCCUGAUCUGUGGCGAGGACACUGACCUGGAUGGAUGGCCCAACACUAACCUGCUGUGUGUGGAGAACGCUACCUACCACUGCAAGAAGGAUAACUGCCCCAACCUUCCCAACUCUGGUCAGGAAGACCAUGACAAAGAUGGCCUGGGUGAUGAAUGUGACCAUGAUGAUGACAAUGAUAGGAUCCCCGAUGAUAGGGACAAUUGCCCAAGAGUGUACAACCCUGCCCAGUACGACGCAGACAGGGAUGAUGUUGGCGACAGUUGUGACAACUGUGUCUACGAGGCCAACACUGACCAAACCGACACUGACAACAAUGGAGAGGGUGAUGCCUGUGCAGUUGACAUUGAUGGCGAUGGCAUUCUGAAUGAGAACGACAACUGCCCCUAUGUUUACAAUGUGGACCAGAGAGAUACUGAUAGAGAUGGUGUGGGAGACCAUUGUGACAACUGCCCUCUGGAGCACAAUCCUGAUCAGUUCGACUCGGACUCAGAUCUCAUUGGAGACAAGUGCGACAACAACCAGGACAUUGACGAGGACGGUCACCAGAACAACUUGGACAACUGCCCCUACAUCCCUAAUGCCAACCAGGCAGACCAUGACAAGGAUGGCAAGGGUGAUGCCUGCGACCAUGAUGACGACAAUGACGGCAUCCCCGAUGAAAAAGACAACUGUCGAUUGGCCUUUAACCCUGAUCAACUGGAUUCUGAUGGUGAUGGCCGUGGUGAUGUGUGCAAAGACGAUUUUGAUCAAGACAAUGUUCUGGACAUCAAUGACGUGUGUCCGGAGAACUUUGCCAUCAGCGAAACAGACUUCCGCAGAUUCCAGAUGGUUCCUCUGGACCCCAAGGGUACCUCCCAGAUUGACCCCAACUGGGUGGUCCGGCAUCAGGGCAAGGAGUUGGUCCAGACAGUCAACUGUGAUCCUGGCAUUGCUGUUGGUUAUGAUGAGUUCAGUGCGGUGGAUUUCAGCGGAACAUUCUUCAUCAACACGGACAGAGAUGAUGAUUACGCUGGGUUUGUGUUUGGCUACCAGUCCAGCUCACGCUUCUACACGGUCAUGUGGAAACAGAUCACGCAGACCUACUGGUCCCAAACACCCACAAAAGCUCAAGGCUACUCUGGCCUGUCAAUCAAAGUGGUCAACUCCACCACUGGCCCUGGUGAGCACCUGAGGAAUGCCCUGUGGCACACCGGGGACACCCCAGGACAGGUUCGCACUCUGUGGCACGACCCCAAGAACAUCGGCUGGAAGGACUUCACUGCCUACAGAUGGCACCUGAUCCAUAGACCCAAGACUGGACUUAUCAGAGUGGUCAUGUAUGAAGGCAAGAGAAUCAUGGCUGAUACUGGAAACAUCUUUGACAAGACAUACGCUGGUGGGCGACUAGGCUUGUACGUCUUCUCUCAGGAGAUGGUUUACUUCUCAGACCUCAAAUACGAAUGCAGAGAUACAUAAAUGGACCACAGAGCCUUGCGGAUGAAUGUAUCAGUCUGUCAAUAUGAAUAUAUAAAAACGAGACCUGGAUCGAAAUAUCUUUGACCUUUUCCUUGAGAAAUGCACAUUGGAGGAAUGACGAGCAAGUGAGCUGAAGUGAGGUAAACUGACCUCAGGAUUUAAAGCCAAAUGAAAGUUCGAUGACGAUUCUGCACCACUGCACCAAACUCAAAUGUUGAGCGCAGCUCUGCUCAGAAGACAUUGGCCGACUCACUUUGUGCUCUGAUCUAUAUUGGAAAAGGGCCACAUUUUAUUGCUUUGCACACCUGAACUGUUGUUGGUUGGAGGUUUUCCUCUGUGGAUGAGGGACCAAAGAGUGCUUGAUGUUUUUAAUUUUCCUUUUUUUUGCUUUUGAGCAUUAAUCUACAUCUGCUGUGGGCUCAAAGCUUGUGUCAGCAUGAAGAAAGCAGUAGUACUUUCUUAGGCCGGGGUAAAUAUGCCCCUUGAAGGAACCGUUGAGGGACCAUGGACAGUAUGGACUGACUGUUGCUUUUAAAGAGAGUGAAUGGUGUUAGUGUGUUUCUGCAUGUGUGCCACCCAACUGAGUCAAAAUUUGUUUUGAAUUCUAUUGAUGACCCCUCCCCCACACAUUCAAAAAGACCUGUAUAUACAAGGUCUUGUAUUUAGCUGACGCUUAGGACUGGCCCAAAGUCUUGGUCUUCUCAGGAAAGAGCACUAGAAGAAAAUGAGGAUCGCACAAAAUGCAGGACAGCACAGGCCCCAAAGCAAGCACAUCGCACACUGCUUUGGACAGUAACUAUUAGCAAAUAUUAUGUUCCUAUCUCUAAUCUUUACUGAAAGCGUCAAGGGACGUAAACAUCAAGGGCCAGUCUACUUCCUGAUAUGAGUUAACCAUUGUAAGUAUGGCUGUUUGUAUUUACGUAUUCAUCAUAGAGGCUUUAAUUCUCGUUCAUCUUUGCACCUUGCCAUCUUAGAAUGUUAUUAGCAACCAAGUAAAUGAAAUCACUAUCCACUUGUGGCAAGAUAAAGCAUUACAUGUGACCAAAACAGUUAAAUAUAUCACUAUCGCCAUUCGUUGCUUCUGCACAGUGUGCAUGACUGGUGUGCCUGAGCUUGUGUGUACAUUUCUGACAAGGGGAAAUCAAAUGAAACCCUUUAUGUACAAAUAUUACCUCAUUAAUUCUUUCUGUAUUGAGGCCAGCAAUACACAAGAAUCACAUUUCUUAGCAACAGAGUAUAAAUUGGUUGGCUUCUUUUUUUUUUAAGCAAGACUUUAGUAUCAUUCAUAUGCUGUAUAUAAGAUAUUUUUGUAGCAAAAGAAGCCCAAACAGGAACGUAAAGGAUUAAAACAAAUGUUGUCUUUACUAUGAUGUAUUUGACGUAUUUCCUGUGCAUUUUUUUUGGAUAAAUUAUUGUGUCUGUUUUAUGUUGAGGUUAUUUCAUUUGUGUAGAUAUAUGCUAUUUAAAUAAUUUAUCUAGAAGCGUAGCCUCAUAUGGAAGCGUUUCUGUCUGUAUAAACUUAUUUGCACACUGACAUGAGGAUGUCUUUGUUAUUUUGUUUUUUUUGUACGUCUUUUUUUAAUUAUUAGUGAAGCUUUUCUAUAAACGUUGUUUUAUAGUUUCUACCCUAAGUGCUGUUUAUAUUCCUACCUGUUAUUUUGUAAUGUCAAGUGAACAAUAAACACUUACCAAGUG